AUGAGCGUUUGGCAGGGAUGGGCGAAAGUGGUGCCCACCAGUAAGGCCUUGGCAGAGUUCUUGAGCUCAGAUCAGUUAUCCUUGGGCUUCGAGGAGAAGAAGGAAGCGGACGCGACAGGGCCAGGGCGCUUGCACUUGAUUGUCCUGGAUGCCGUUCAAGUGGACCAGGUGCACCAGCAGCUCCGUUCGGUGGAGGCGAAGCUCAAGACCUUCGGCGCUUGCGAGGUGGUCUUGGUGUGGCCUGCGCGGACUGCCUCCGAGCCGAGCUACGCGCAUUUUGCGGCGCGCCAUAGUUGGCGCGAGGUGAGUGCCUACCGCGAGCUCAGCUGCACAACCCCAUGUCUAUUGGAAGUGGAUCAGCUUGCAGAACAGUUUCAUCUUCAACAUCUUCCGCCUGUGUCCUCGGAGGUCGACGUGUCCCACGUCUUCCUGGCCACGCCACAAAUGGGCGGUACCAAGGUGGUCCACGCCUGUUUGGCGAGCCAUGCGCACCUAAACUUCGACACGGCCAGUAGCGAUUGGGCGGUGCGUCUGGAAUCGUUGAUGCUGGAUGGCAUGCACGAGUUGGAGAACGCCAAGCUGAACCCGGCCAUGUCGGGCGCCGAAGGUCGCAUCUUCUUGCACCUCACCGCCUUGGCCGACAUGGAUGGCUCCGAGAUCUUUUCCCUCUUGGAGACCUUCACCCACGAGUUCGUGGCGCGGCAUGGCGCCCUGAUCCAAGGACUGUGGCUGGAUGAAAUUACCAUCAAGGUCCGACUGGGCAGCGAGACCGCGGGCUGCCAGAGGGUCUUGCGCUUCAGCACUGCGGCGGGGGAGAAGUACAUGAAGUGUUUGGGAAUGUGGGAGAAGGUUGAUCCGAUCACUGGUGCACCAGCCAAGUGGGAAGACUUGACCAGCGGCCAGGAGCGCUUGCCGCAUGUGGCCGAUCCCAACUUGCGCAAGAGGCGCCAGGCGGCACGCCGCGCCGGGUCCACUUACGCGCCGGAGUUCUUGGGACUUCUGGAGGCGGCGCUACGGAAGCAAUGGUCGGCCUUCGUGCGGAAGAGAGACAUCUCGGUUCCCAAGGAAGUCUUGAAAAGCUCCGAGCUGACGCUCAAUGUGAACGGCCAGAUCCAGGACACCGAAGGAUCCAAAUUGGCCGAGAUCGGCAUGUUGGCAUGGCGCUUGUUGCUGAGGACUCCCGAAUUCCCUGACGGGCGUUCUGUGGUGCUGAUUGCGAACGAUGUCACGCACCAGGCAGGCUCCUUUGGCGUGCAGGAGGACCACUUCUUCAAGAAGGCCACGGAGUACGCACGCCAGCGGGGCCUCCCACGGGUCUACAUCGCUUGCAACAGCGGUGCACGGGUUGGGCUGGUGGAGGAGAUCAUGCCCAAGCUGCGUGUUCAGUGGAAGGAUGAUGCAGACCCCUCCAAGGGCUUUGAAUAUCUCUAUCUCACUGAGGCAGAUUAUAAGAGUUUGCCCAGUGGCGCUGUGAUUGCACGAGCUGUGCCAGGUGUGGGGUAUGCCCUGGAAGCCGUGGUGGGACAGGGCUUGGGCUCCAUCGCGGGCGGCAUCGGCGUGGAGAAUCUCCAGGGCAGCGGGCUGAUCGCCGGUGAGACCUCGCGGGCCUAUCAGGACAUUUUCACCUUGUCCUACGUCACGGGCCGUUCGGUGGGCAUCGGCGCGUACCUGAACCGCUUGGGGCAACGGGUGAUCCAAAGCAGCGAUGGACCCUUGGUCUUGACGGGAUACAGCGCCUUGAACAAGCUGCUGGGAAAGAACGUCUACUUCUCCCAGGACCAGCUGGGAGGUCCUCAGAUCAUGGUGCCCAAUGGCAUCACGCACCAGUUGGUGCAGAACGACCAGGAGGGCGCGGAAGCAAUCCUGCAGUGGCUCUCCUUCGUGCCUAGAGAUACCUGGUCCAUGCCACAGCCGAUCCUCCCGCUGGAUCCUGCGGACCGUCCCGUGGACUUCCGACCGACGAAGACGCCCUACGACCCGCGGCACAUGCUGGCGGGCACCAACGGCCCCGACGGCCGGUGGCUGUCGGGCUUCUUCGACCGAGGUAGCUUCGUGGAGUACAUGGCCGGCUGGGGCCGCAGCGUGGUGGUCGGCCGCGCUCGCCUGGGCGGUAUCCCGCUGGGUGUCAUCGCGGUGGAGACGCGGAACGUGGAGCGGAAGAUCCCGGCGGAUCCGGGAAACCCUGAGAGUCGGGAGAUCGUGGAGCCUCAAGCGGGGCAAGUCUGGUUCCCGGACAGCGCGCAUAAGACGGCCACAGCCAUCCGAGACUUCAACGUGGGCGAGAACUUGCCCCUGAUGAUCUUCGCCAACUGGCGCGGCUUCUCCGGCGGCACGCGGGACAUGUACGGCGAGGUGCUGAAGUUCGGCGCGCAGAUCGUGGAUGCCCUGGUGGACUACAAGCAGCCGGUCUUCGUCUACAUCCCGCCCGAGGGAGAACUGAGAGGUGGCAGUUGGGUGGUGGUUGAUCCGAAGAUCAAUCCAGAUGUCAUGGAGAUGUAUGCCGACGAGGCCAGCCGCGGGGGCAUUUUAGAGCCGGCAGGCACCUGGGCGCCAGUGUGGUUCCGUGCUCCGCAGCGACGCGAGAUGAUGCACCGCUUGGAUGCCAAGCUGCGGCAGCUGGACGCACAGAUGACGACGAAGCCGUCCGAGGAGCUGGAGCAGGAGAUCAAACGUCGAGAAGACAUGCUCCAGCCACUCUACACUUCGGUGGCGUGUGAGUUCGCCGAUCUGCACGACCGCGUGGGGCGGAUGAAGGCCGUGGGCGCAGUGAGAGAGACGCUUCAGUGGUCCAAGUCGAGGGAGUUCUUCUAUUGGCGCUUGAAACGCUGCCUCUUGGAGGGUCGCCUGCGGCGCGACGUGAUGAGCGCGGACCCCCAACUGAGUGCUGCGCAGGCGCAGCAGCUGCUCCACUCAUGGACCGGAAAUGCUCCCAAGGACGCGGAGGCGGUGCAACUGCUGCAGGCGCCCACGAUCCACCAACGCGUCCAGAGACUCCACGCUCGGGCGGUGCGUCACAAGUUUUGCGCCGCCUAUGGCGAAUUGGAACAGACCGGUGAGGUCACAGGCCUGAGACGGUACUUGCUGAGAUGCUUGCUCCCAACACCACUGCCCAGUGACGUGCCAGACAUGUCUGACACCGACAUGGGAGCGACGUGGGAGCGGGCUGGGCCCUGCACGGGUGGUGCGUUGCCUGGGCUACUGGGGAAUGAAAAGACCGUGCAGAAGAAAUGA